AUGGAUAUCAUCGACAUUGAAGGAGAAGAAGAUAGGCAACUCGAUCAACCGAACGUCGAAACCUGCGGCGGGUCCAAUUCAAUCCAGAACGGAGGAGGAGGCGGUGGUGGUUGUGAUAAGGACAAAUCAAGCACUCGUUAUCGGGUUCUCCUAGGUAUCACCUACCUAUCGCUCUUCCUGGGUUCUGUAUCUUCGAGCUUACUCUCCAGGUUCUACUUCAUUCAUGGCGGUUCAAGCAGGUGGGUCUCCACUUGGGUUCAAUCCGCUGGCUUCCCUUUACUCCUCAUACCCAUUUAUCUCCCUCGCUUUUUCAUAAUCUUCAACUCCAUUUUAACAACACAUGAUGGAUAUGGACGACGACGACGACGACGUCCCUUCUCUCACUUCACCCUUAAGCUCCUCCUCCUAAGCGUGGUGAUGGGUCUGAUUUCGGGGUUAAGCAACUUUCUAUACUCAUGGGGUAUCUCCUAUCUCCCUGUCUCCACCGCAUCUAUCCUCCUCUCCUGCCAACUCGCCUUCAACCUUAUCCUCUCCGUCCUCAUCGUGAAGCAACGAAUCGUCUUCUCUAACCUCAACGCCGUCGUCCUCCUCACCCUGAGUUCAAUCCUAUUGGCAGUCGGGUCCAGCCAUGAUAGACCCAAAGGGAUAACCCGGAGAGAGUACUUCCUGGGCUUCUUCGCCAUUCUCUCAACGGGAUUGCUCUUCGCUCUCUACCUUCCAUUGAUGGAGAUGAUUUACAAGAAGAGGGUUCAUUGCUACCAGAUGGUGAUUGAAAUGCAGGUUAUUAUCGGAGCGGUAGCGACGGCGUUGGCUUCGGUUGGGAUGGCGUUUGACGGAGGGUACGGAGAGAUGAGGAAGGAGAGCAAGAGGAGUUUUGAUUUGGGAACGGUGGCCUAUGGAUUGACGGUGGGAUUUAACGUGGUGACAUGGCAGGUAUGUUUUAUGGGAUCUGCGGGGCUGGUAUACCUGACAACGUCGUUGACGGGUGGGAUUUGCAUGACGGCGUUACUCUCCAUGAACGUGUUGGGAGGUGUUUUGGCGUUUGGGGAUAAGUUUGGUGGGGCGAAGGUGGUGUCGACUCUAUUGUGUGUUUGGGGUUUUUGUUCCUAUGUAUAUGGGGAGUACAGAAAAAUGGGGAAGGAGGAGGAGCUGAAGGAGGAGCGAGAUGAUGAUGAUGAUGAGAAGCCAAAUGAUCGGCAGGAGAUGGAGUUGAUUGGUGUUGCAAAUUUUGCAACUGAUGGUCAUGUCGUUGCUUGA